AGUGAGAAAAGGAGCUAGAUAGCAUGCCUGGGUUAGUGGGUGAUUCAAAUUUCCAAACACAGCUGAUGGGUCUAAAUCUGUUCCUUUAUUUUCUAACCACAUUCCUAUGUUGCCUUAGAUAUGUACACAUGGCUUCGAAUGCUCCCCUUUUAGGUCCAGGAUAUUAAUAAUACACCUUUUUUCUCAAGAACUGAAUUCUUAGUUGUAUUUUCAACUAUUAUCUCACCAAACAGAGUAUGUCUAUCUAGUACAGAAAGAGAAAAACACAGGCAAGCACAAACAAUGAAACCUCGCCAACUCAGAAUAUGUUGCCUUCACAAUUGCUUUGUGGGCAUAUGAACACUGACAACACAUUGGGCCAUACUACGGGUAAUCGGAUUUUUUGCUCGACACUGUAGCACGAAUAUCUUAUUCCAAUAAAUAUACGCAUCAUUAUUUCUUCAGGACUUCACAGUAAGGCUGAUUUGUUUAAGUACACAAAACUGGACUCCGUCCUUCACCAGAGCAACAUUAUUUGAUUUAUGAAAGAUUUGCUUUCUGCAAGGUGGACAAGUUCUGACCCAGAGGGAGUGUAGUACUUUUCCCUACAAACAUCCCACUUCCUGGCUACUCAGACUCUCUUGUCACAAAGUCUGUGCAAGUAAGCUAUUGGCCGGGCUCCUGGGCCCAGGAAUGCUGCCGCUGCCGUUAAUAGCUGUGUGAACAGUCCAUCUAUGGGCAACACGCAGCCGCCUGGGUACCUGAAUGUUUUUUUUCACUCAGGCCUGUGCUUCCCAUGCUGAAAUUUGGACCAGAUACAUUCUCAUGGCAAGAUGAUGAGAUUCAAAGUACAAGAGAAAGCCUGCAGUUCGCAUUUCAGAGAUGGAGGAAAAACAAGAUGUCUUCUCCAAAGGUUGUGCCCACUCAGCUGGAACCAAGAAAUGACAGCAACCCCCGGGUGCCUGGCCCGCCCUGGGACACACGUGGGCGCGGGGGUGAGGCGUUCACCAGGAAUGUUUCUGCGAGGCCCACAGGGCAUGGGUGGGGGCUACUAAAUAACAAAAACCCAGGUUUCUUCUGAGAAGCAAAAGGACUGGAGUCUUUUCUAAAACCGAGCAAAGCGUCUGCUAAAGCAAAAACAUGGCUUCCAAGGGAGGGAAUUUUUUUCACCUAGUUACGUUGAAAGUGGAGUCCUGGUAUUGUAUUCACGGGAACCACAAUAAGGAAGAUUCCUUUCUUCACAGUCACCCCACAAGUGACUGUGACGUUCCUGAACGCCCACAUCCCUGGUUUUUAAGGCAGUCCCCUGUCUGACCUUGAGCUAAAGGCAGUGUCCCCAGGCCCCUAGUGUCCCCUCUCCUGGAAUAGGAAAAACUGCUGCUUUCGCCGGAAUUAUUUACAUUAUUUAUAUUAUUAUAAUUUUCUGGUACUUGAGCCUUUUGUUCAACCUAAUAGCACGUUCUUCUGCAUUCUCACGGCGGUCUCCUACCCUCAAGUUUUCUGCCUUCCCCACGUCCAUUUCCAGGAGAGGGGGCCAGGAGCCUGGGGGUCGAGCCCGCGCGGGCCUGCGCCCUCAGAAGGCAGCUCUGGAGCCUGAGUCUCUAUGAAUCGGCAACCAGAAGUGCGCCUUGUACGCUGACGAAAGUUAAUGACCGAGUUAGUCAAGUUUGAAACUCCUGCAGGAACACAGUGGAGCAGAUUCUUGGCGUCUGGCCCCGUGUCACUUACAAGUGCGCCAAGAAAAAACGUCACCUAAAAAGCUUAUACUUGUUCAAGCCUUAGUCCUGAAUUGUAAAAAUCCUGUCUUUUGAGAUCUGCCCGGCAAUACGGUUAACUAGCAACCCUCGGAACUAGUGGAAUUCAAAACAAAAUAAAAACAAAACAAGAAAAAGGUACUGUAGCGAGCCGCCCAGGGGCUCAGGGGCCGCCGACUGGGUAGGGAAGUCUGGCGCGAAAGGGGUGGCUCGGGUUCCGGGCGCCGAGCUCGCCCCCGCCGGCUUCGGCCCCGCAGCCCGGCCCGGUGCGUCGUGGGCGGGCCCUGGAGGCCCCCCGACCCCGGACGGAGAGGACACACGUCGCCCGGCGGGCCCGGCUCGGGCGGGGGGCCGCGGGAAGCCCCGUAAGGGCGCGGGCGGGCGGUAGUGACUCAGCCUCGGGCGCAUGGGGCGGGCGGCGGCGCCGGGCUCGGAGGGGUUAAGUGGGCGGGGCCAGCGACGGCCCGCCCCUCCCGGCCCGCCCCCGAGGCCGCGGCGCCCGGCGGUACUUAUAGCGGCGGCGCGGGACGCGCGGCGUUCCUCCCGCUGGCCCCGGCCGCGGCGCGCCCCAGUUACCCCAACGACGGCGCCAUGGAGCGGCCGGCGCCCCUGGCCGUGCUGCCCUUCUCGGACCCCGCGCACGCGCUGAGUCUGCUGCGCGGCCUGAGCCAGCUCCGCGCCGAGCGCAAGUUCCUGGACGUGACGCUGGAGGCGGCGGGCGGGCGCGACUUCCCCGCGCACCGCGCCGUGCUGGCGGCCGCCAGCCCCUACUUCCGCGCCAUGUUCGCCGGGCAGCUGCGCGAGAGCCGCGCCGAGCGGGUGCGACUGCACGGCGUGCCGCCCGACAUGCUGCAGCUGCUGCUCGACUUCAGCUACACGGGCCGCGUGGCGGUGAGCGGCGACAACGCCGAGCCGCUGCUGCGGGCCGCCGACCUGCUGCAGUUCCCGGCCGUGAAGGAGGCGUGCGGCGCCUUCCUGCAGCAGCAGCUCGACCUGGCCAACUGCCUGGACAUGCAGGACUUCGCCGAGGCCUUCAGCUGCGCGGGGCUGGCGAGCGCGGCGCAGCGCUUCAUCCUGCGCCACGUGGGCGAGCUGGGCCCCGAGCAGCUGGAGCGCCUGCCGCUGGCGCGCCUGCUGCGCUACCUGCGCGACGACGGGCUGUGCGUGCCCAAGGAGGAGGCCGCCUACCAGCUGGCGCUGCGCUGGGUGCGCGCGGACCCGCCGCGCCGCGCCGCGCACUGGCCGCAGCUGCUGGAGGCGGUGCGCCUGCCCUUCGUGCGCCGCUUCUACCUGCUGGCGCACGUCGAGGCCGAGCCGCUGGUGGCGCGCUGCCCGCCCUGCCUGCGCCUGCUGCGCGAGGCGCGCGACUUCCAGGCGGCGCGCUACGACCGCCACGACCGCGGGCCCUGCCCCCGCAUGCGCCCGCGCCCCUCCACCGGCCUCGCCGAGAUCCUCGUGCUCGUGGGUGGCUGCGACCAGGACUGCGACGAGCUGGUCACCGUCGACUGCUACAACCCACAGACGGGCCAGUGGCGCUACCUGGCCGAGUUCCCCGACCACCUGGGCGGGGGCUACAGCAUCGUGGCGCUGGGCAACGACAUCUACGUGACGGGUGGGUCUGACGGCUCCCGGCUCUAUGACUGCGUGUGGAGGUACAAUUCCAGCGUGAACGAGUGGACGGAGGUGGCGCCCAUGCUGAAGGCCCGUGAGUACCACAGCUCCUCCGUGCUCGAUGGGCUGCUGUACGUGGUGGCCGCGGACAGCACGGAGCGCUACGACCAUACCACCGACUCCUGGGAGGCCCUGCAGCCCAUGACCUACCCCAUGGACAACUGCUCCACCACCGCCUGCCGCGGCCGCCUCUACGCCAUCGGCUCGCUGGCCGGCAAGGAGACCAUGGUGAUGCAGUGCUACCACCCGGACACGGACCUGUGGUCGCUGGUGGACUGUGGCCCGCUCCCGCCCUGGUCCUUUGCCCCCAAGACGGUGACUCUGAACGGACUUAUGUACUUCAUCAGGGAUGAUUCUGCGGAGGUGGACGUAUAUAAUCCCACAAAGAACGAGUGGGACAAGAUCCCAUCUAUGAAUCAGGUGCACGUGGGGGGCAGCCUGGCCGUCCUUGGAGGGAAGCUCUACGUCUCAGGUGGUUACGAUAAUACGUUUGAACUCUCUGACGUGGUGGAGGCCUAUGACCCAGAGACUCGGGCAUGGAGCAUAGUGGGACGGCUCCCGGAGCCCACCUUCUGGCACGGCAGCGUCAGCAUCUUCCGCCAGUUCAUGCCCCAGGUGCCCUCUGGUGGGCGCGGCUUCGAGCUGGACAGUGGCAGCAGUGACAUGGAUGUGGCCCGACCCCGGCGGCCACAGAACCCUGACGAGCUGCACUAGCCCUGGCCUGGCCCGGGGAGGGCCUCGGUGCAGGUAACACAGCGUGUCUGGGGCGGGGCAGUGAGCCCCUCCUUCGUGCACAAGGACGGGUUGGGUUCACCAGGUGGAGUUGGGCUCUUGGGUCGCCGAGUGAGCCUCAGGAUGUGACCCCAGGAGAGUCUCUGUGCAUUUAGAGCCGGACUCACAGCUGCUGGGGAGCUGCCUCCCUGCCAGCACAGGGCUCUGGCUCUAGCAGGUGAUCCCUCAUGCUGCCUCUGCCUAUGCCUACUUGCUUCCAUGUCAGAGAGGACGGCCUCUUGUCGGGGACAAGUCCUCCCACGAGAGUCUGAGAGUGGUCCAGGCCUGCUUUCCUAGGCCUGCGGGCUCUGCCGGCCUGGAGCAUCGGGAAUCUGGCAGACAAUGGCUGCAGUGGGGUCCCCAACUCCACGUCCGGUGCUGGACAUCCCAGGGGCCAGCUCCCUGGAUGGAGGCGGUCUGCCUGCCUGGCUCCUCACACCUGCUGGGAUGUCCCACCAAAACGUGCCUCACAGGCGCAGGGCAGUGUGACUGGAUGGGAGUGUGGCCUUGAAGUGGGCCCCAAGGGACGUGCUGAGUAAACCCUGUCUCCAGUGAACCUGGGUUGAGGCAAAUGCUGGGUGCUCCAUCCGCCUACCCCACCAGCUGGUGUUGCCACCUGACUUGGAGGCCUCCAGGACUGUCGUCCCAGGUGGAUGCACGAGAGGGCAAAAGCCUGCAGGUGCAAGGUCGUGGCUCCUCCCUGGGAGGCCCUAGGAGUUUCUCAUUGAAGCCCAGCCAGGCCGAUGGUUGCGGAUGCCCUUCUCUCCCCUAGGAACAAAGAAUCCCGCUGCUUCCAAAGGAAGCCCUGGACAGGGUGGCCCCCGUGAUUGGCUGCAAGGUAAAUGCAGUCUGGCCCUUCCUUAGAAGAAGGGUAGGGUGGCCAGGGACGCAGCCAGAAAAGAGUCUCUUACAGUGCCAUUGCUGAAGGUCUCUGCAGGGCAGGGGGAGAGCCACCCUCCUCCCAAGCCUGGGGCAUCCCCGGGAGGGUGGCGGGAGGAGCUCCCAGGAAACUGCGGCUCAGGGGUCCCCGGUUCCCUGUUUUCUCUGGGGAGUGAGUGGUCUGGUCUCCUCAAGGUCCCCGAGGAUCCCUUGGCUGGAUAUGUCUUUCUUCCAAAGAGGAGGAUGCUUGCAUUUCCCUCACUAGAAAGCUGGAAAGCAAAUGUUUGUUGAGUUGCCUUUCCCAGUGAACCGCCUUGGAGAUGUGUUCUUAGCAGGAGAAGAAAAGUUCUAGCUGUCGCUUCACAAACAACACUUUUUUAAACACUUUCUUUGGCCAGAUGGCAAGGGUUGUUCUGGGGGAGGAAGUCUUGCGGCCUAAAGAGCUGUUGCCUGGGGCCCCCACCUUCUCUGCCAUAUGCCGUCACUGUCUGGUUAGACCUGUUGCAGGAGCAGCUCCGGUCCACAGCCAGCCCUUCCCAUCCCCUCAAUUGUCACUCACCAGGUCACUCCCGCACACCCACUGCGCCAGGCGCUGCCAGACAGCCGGCCGGGUGGUGGUCCUGCCUGGGGCUCCCCCGCCAGGCGGGCCUGGCCGUGGGAUCCCUUGGGCCCCGGGGGACUCCUUCAUGCCCCAGGUCCCACCUUCGCCCCUCCUGGGGUGCGUGUUCCCCCUCGAUCGGGACUUGCUGCCCCUGUCCCCCAGCGAUGGUCUGACCUCACCUCCUCGGGGCUGGUGCUGCCUCCUCCUGGCUCUGGUGCCUUCCCAGCAGGCUCACUCCGCAGGGGUUUUCCAUGCCCUUUGGUCUCUGUAGGUAGAGGGUGUCCUGCCACAGUGGCUUGUCUCCUAUCAGUGGCAGCGGGGAGGGCAGGGCAGCGCUGCACAGGACCGAGGGAGCCCUGAUGUGCUCCAGGCACGGAGCUCUGCGCCAGCAGCUGCGGCCUGCCCGCUCGGUGUGGGGACAGGCCACGCAGAUACGUGUCAUGAUGCCUGCUGACAGGUCACCUGCAGCUACCCCCACCACCCCACCCCGCCCCCGGAGCAAGAGUGCAGGCCUUGAUCUCGUGGGGAAGGCUUUGGCUUUGGCGCCCUUCCUGAGGGCCGCCUCCGUGGAGGGUCCCUUUGGCAGCCAGAGAAGGUGGGGUGAGGAGGUGCCAAGGCUGCUGGAGCUCUCCCCACCUCCCUCCAGUGGGGCUGGGCUCUGUCAGGGUCAAGGACUUCCCGUGGUCAGCGACUUCCAGGGAGAGGUAUCGUGUAACGCUUUUUUGUCGGGACGGGGCGCUGCAAACACGUUUUUCUGACAAAACCAGCCUCUGUGGACCGUACAGCAGGCCUGGUCCGUGCUGAGGGCUAGCGACCGCCCUGGCCUUCACCUGGCCUUCCCUGCAGACGCUCCCUUGUGGCAGGGGGCCCCGUGUCCUGGGUUCCUGCCCUUGGUUCUUCACCGUGACCAGCUGGCACACCACUGGCAGCUGUUGGUUGGCUGGUUCAGUGUGCACCCGUGACGUCCUCCUCCACACUCGCUCUCUAGAACUACGCGGGUCUCCUCCACCCGGGCCCCAUCCUCUGUCGGGAGCACCAGGGCGGGGAAGGGGAAGCAGCAGCCUCAGCAGCAGUGGGUUCCUGCAGACUGCAGCCGGGGGUCCACGGUCAGGGACGGCCCUUUGGCAGCACCUGCUCCCCUGCCCAGCCCUCCCCGCUUCCCCCCGCGGGGGCUCUCGCCUGGGGACACCCCCCCCCGCCCCCACCUUAGGAAUGUGUAUACACUGACCAGGGUCAGAGAUAAGCCAGCUGGAGGUGGGACUGUGUUUGGAUAUACAGAACUUUUUAGUCUACGAGACAGUUUAAGUUAUGAAAAUUCAGUGACUCAUAUUUAAUGCUGAUUUGCUAUAAAGUAUUCUAUAUUUAUAUAACUUCAGAGACUCUUAUGUACUAAAAGACACGCCCCUUUCAGUGUCCCAGCUAUCUAGUUCCAACCCCAGACGGUGGGGCAGAUUUGCCUAUUUAUUUGUUCUAUAGGCCUAGGUGUCCAGAAUCCUGUUGAGAGAUUUUAGGAUGCCUUCGAUGUAUACUUUUUGAAAUAAAACCAUUUCCUAUA